UUUAAGGUGUACUAGGAACCGAUAUAAACUCGAAGGAGACCGGUGAUGAACCAUGUAGGCAUUGAAGCAGUUGCCUGUGAUUUCAAUGGUAACCGUGCUCUCUCAAGUCUGGAUACAGAAGGUUGCUGUGAAGAAAGAAUGCUUAGGUUGGGUAGCUUGCCAAAAAUUACUUCAACAAACAAAAGACGAUAUCCUAAUAAAGAGCCUAACAAUCACAUAGGUGGAUGUCUCUUGGAAGUGGAAUAUGUGCAAGAUGAAUCACUUGGUACGAUUUUUAAUGUUGAUAAAAGCACGAGUGAGGAAUUGACAUCAUACUCAUCUACUACUCUAGAAAAUCAUGGUUUGUUCUUAUUGUCUGCAUCAUUCUUUAACACCAAACAACUCAAUAUUUUGUUGCUUGUCAUCAUUGGCUUAUCAAAGAAAAAAGAGAGUAAGGAAUUGGGCAAGCAACUAUUUGUAAAUUACAAAGCAACGGAAUAUUUCUGGCAAUGGACGAUAUUUGCAUUACCGAUAUGUGAUUUAUGUGUCCAUGGUGCAAAGUACGAACAGUGGUAG